GGACCCUGCGUGGAGCGCACCGCUGCCAGGACCCUGCGUGGGGCGCCCCGCCGUCCCCGCCCCGCGCGUCCCCGCCGCCAUCCUUGUCCCCGGCCUCGGCUCUCCGGCCGCCCCGCUGUCCGCCGCGUCUCGGGCCCGCCUCGCCCGCGCGCCCUGGUCACCGUCCCUGCGCCGCGUCCUCGGCCUCGCCCGCCCUCCCCGAGGGCCCCCGCAGCCGCCGCCCUGGCGCUCCCCGCGGGCCCCGCCGAGGCCGCCUGCGCCCUGUGCCAGCGCGCGCCCCGAGAGCCGGUGCGCGCCGACUGCGGCCACCGCUUCUGCCGGGCGUGCGUGGUGCGCUUCUGGGCCGAGGAGGACGGGCCCUUCCCGUGCCCCGAGUGCGCCGACGACUGCUGGCAGCGCGCCGUGGAGCCCGGCCGCCCGCCGCUCAGCCGCCGCCUGCUGGCGCUCGAGGAGGCGGCCGCGGCGCCCGCGCGCGACGGCCCGGCCUCCGAGGCGGCGCUGCAGUUGCUCUGCCGCGCCGACGGGGGCCCGCUGUGCGCCGCCUGCCGCAUGGCCGCGGGGCCCGAGCCGCCCGAGUGGGAGCCGCGCUGGAGGAAGGCGCUGCGCGGCAAGGAGAACAAGGGGUCUGUGGAGAUCAUGAGAAAAGACCUGAACGACGCCCGGGACCUGCACGGCCAGGCCGAGUCUGCUGCGGCAGUGUGGAAGGGACACGUGAUGGACCGCAGGAAGAAAGCCCUGACGGACUACAAGAAGCUCAGGGCGUUCUUUGCCGAGGAGGAGGAGCGUUUUCUGCAGGAGGCCGAUAAAGAGGAGCGGUCCCCGGAGGGUGAGGACGCUGACCCGGCCGAGCGCUUUGGGUGCCUGCUGUCAGAGCUGGAGAGGAGGCACCGCAAUCUGGGCCUCAGCAUGCUGCUCCAGUGAUGUCCUGCCCCCUGAGCCAGCUGCAGGCUCAAGAAGCUCCAUCCACCCUGGCCUGGCCCCCCGCAGCUCCUCCAUGGCCGCCUUCUGGACACACAGCAUCCUUCAUCCACGAGGGCGUGCACCUAGGUGCCCACGCAGGACGCAUACCACAGGUGCCCACCUUGGCUUGCUCGAGACGGUGUCCCUGUUCCCUUAUGCUCCGGGUGUGGAUGUUCCCCAGGCUGUACACGUUUCACCGUAGAGACCUGUAGCAGGGUAUCAUUAACCCCAGGGUAUCACGACUCUUCAUAAAGCUCUUGUCGUUGCCACCGA